GCAAUGGCGUUGUUGUUCGAAAAGGGCCGACGAGUGGACUCAAGGAAUGCUCGGAAUGUGUAAACAAAUGGAGAGUUAAUUGCGAUUAAAAUCGAUUCAAAUGUUGAGAAAGAAAGACAACAAAAGCCGAAACUCUGACGGAAUUAGCGGCAAAUACAUCAAGAAAGACAAUCCGCCCGAAAUCCCCAUCAUAAACGUGUGGACGACAACCAACCGCCAGAAGAGUCACAACAAAACCAAAAGUCAAUACAUUUCCGGAUCUCAAGCGUUGGGAAUCGACGCCUCGGACGGCGCCCACUCUUUGGCCGCCAAGACGUUGACUCAGAAGUGUUGGCAAAGCGCGCAACAGCUCCUCCCGCGCCAGUCCUUCGCGCCCGCGUUGGCCACGCCCUCGGCCGCCGCCGUCGCCGCCAAUCACAACGACCCGUCCAUCACAUCCACGCCCUCGUCGUCGACGUCGUCGCUCUCGGCGUCCAAUCAGUGGUCGCACCCGUCGUCGUCUUCUGUCGUCUCUUCCAAUCACUUCAAUGUCGUCCAAAUCGCGCGCAACAAAGUAUGGAUCUCUCAGCCGACGCUUCCGACGGUCCGCCACUUCGCCGCUCACGCCAUCCGCUCGCUGACCAAUUUGCGCACUUCCGUGGCCACCAUCCCGAUGGCCGCCGAACCCCCGGAACCCCCCGACUCGCCCCUCGAGUCCGCCUUCGGCUCUCAACACAGUCUCCAACAGAUCAGCGAAUCUCAAGCCAAACAACUCUCGACCGGAAGUCACACGCAAUCGGAAACUCUGCAAAUCCUCGCUUAUCACCAGCAGAUCCGCGACCACUACGCCACGCCCUCCUCCGGCCAUUCGUCCGUCUCCUCGCUCACAGGACAGCCGCUGGUGUUCGGCGCGAGAGCGCACUCGCCCUUCCGGUCAGCGGAGGAACUACCGCUUCCGGCCGGUUGGACUGUGGACUUCACUCUUCGCGGGCGGAAGUACUUCGUGGACCACAACACGAAGACCACCCAUUGGUCGCAUCCUCUCGAGUCGGAAGGACUGCCGACGGGUUGGGAACGCAUUAACUCUUCGGAUCACGGCGUCUAUUACGUCAAUCACAUCACGCGCGUCACGCAACUGGAGCACCCGUGCGCCCCGCAGUACGCGUUGGGAAGUCCGCCGGCGCCGCCGUUGGGACGCAGACGCGAACUUCCGGUUCCACCGCAGCCCUCGCAGUACGCGCAGUCGCAUUGCAUCGUUCCCGCGAAUCCCUACUUGACGGAAGAGAUCCCGCACUGGCUGUACAUCUACUCAAAGGCGCCGCCGGAACUCGACCACAAACUCAAGUGGGAGCUGUUCCGAGUGCCGGAACUCGACUGCUUCGAAGCGAUGCUCAACCGGUUGUACAGAACGGAUAUGGAAGCGCUCGUCAUGUCCUUCGAACUCAUCCGCGGCGCUCUUCAGCGCGAACUCGACAAACGAUGACUUCUUGUAAAUAAACGGCUAUUUAUUUGAGAUCCGA